UUUAAAAUAUCGAUAACAUCUGGAUGUUUCACCACCUCUAUUGUUUACCGCAGCUCAAGUUUUAGACAAAUUAUAUUUAUUUCUCAAAUAAAACGAAGUAAAGCUUGCAAAGAUGACUGCUGUCCCGCCACCUGCAAAUAUUGCCACGCUCAUGCCACUGGAGUUGGUCGACAAAUGCAUUGGCUCGCGCAUCCACAUAAUAAUGAAGAAUGACAAGGAAAUGGUGGGCACUCUUUUGGGAUUUGAUGACUUCGUAAACAUGCUGCUGGACGAUGUGACGGAGUACGAAAAUACGCCGGACGGCCGCCGCAUCACCAAGCUGGACCAGAUUCUGCUUAAUGGCAACAACAUUACAAUGUUGGUGCCAGGUGGCGAGUUGGCGGAGUAGCAAAGUUCCAUUUAUAAAAACAAAUAUAUUUUUAAAAUAA